AUGUCUCUGACGCAGUCCAACAUUCGUGGAGGGCCGCAGACUUUUGAGGCACAACAACGGCGCCUGGACUUGCCUGUCUUGCGAAGAGCUCAUGAGUGUCUGUGUAGCGCCAGCGUGAAACAGGCCUGUCCCAAAGGCAUAUACCUCACACCCACACCGCAAGACCCGCACGUGUGGCAGGGCCCCUACACACCCGCAAUCCUCAACUUCUCCCUGCUCCUUGCCACCGACAAGCCUCCAACCAUUACCAUCUCGACCGACAUCUUCCAUCCCUUGGUUACUCCUCUGACCACUUACACCUACACCACAAGCGACACGGGUGCCGAUACCGUCCAUGCUACCGAUGACGAGCGCCUCCCACCUGGCGGCUUCAGCUUGCGACACGGCUUUCCUCAAUGGUUUGGGCGCAAUAAGCCGAAGCCGACGUCUCAAGUCGCUUCAAAUGAAGACGUCACAUCGGCAGUAGAGCACUCGCGACAGUCGUACGGACCUUUGGCUAUAGUGCAGAUCUUGUUUUAUAUGAGAAGUACCUUCGACACGGCAGAGGUCCUGGAUAGAGUACCGCUAGAAGCCGCAGGCAAUCCAGGAGCAUGGCAUGCAUGGCAGACUCACAGGGCGCGAGUCAUUGGAUCUACGCUCCUCCCCGCGACACCAGAAGAUGGAAAGAGCCCCGCAUCUCCCACCUUACGUCAACAACCGGGUGGCGCACGAAGGCCUGGACAAUGGAAUUGGGAAGGUGUCUGGGAAGAAAGAGUCAAGAAGGGUGUGCAAGCGAGUAUCUCACAGCAUACCCUGUUUGGAAACAUUUCGGCUUCCAACGACAACCUGAUCAGCUUCUUGGAUAUUGAUCCAGAAGCAAUUCAAGUUCCUUGGAACAGAGACGAUGGAGCUGACGAUGAGCUUGUCGCUUAA